AUGGAUGCUAUUAAUUCUGCAAUACAGAAUCCAGUUGUUGACUACAGCUGUAUCAACAAGGUGGUAAAACAGUCUGAAGUGCCUCUUCUUACUGCCCAUUAUGAUUCUGUAUCUAUGAAUGUGAUUGUCCAGAAGAGACACUUAUUACAAAUUUCUACAAUCUUUGUACAAGCGGGAGAGACAGAAGUUCUUAUAUGGAGUCAGGUGACGGUUGUUCCCAACUCAGUAUGCUCGGAGCUCCACGAAGCAGGUGCCAUUACUGACAAUAUUAUGUGCGCUGCGAACACGUACACUGGCGUAUGCUGGGCGGACCUCGGUACUCCCCUGGUUCUGGAGACUGAAGGAGGUUUCAAGCAGAUCGGAGUGGCCGGCUUCCUUCCGACCGACGGCUGCGUCACAGGGGUGCCUGCUGGCUUCGUCAGGGUCACCUCCGUUCUCGACUGGCUCGCCACCAUCACCGCAACCAACUUUCAGUGA